AAUUAUAUCUAUUGCUGUUGCGUGCGUGCCGAAAUUUUAAGUCACUUAAAAUGAAAUUUCAUAUCGGCGGAAAUGUAAAAUUGUUAGUGUUCUUUGUGAAUUCUAUUAAAGUUGAACCACAACCUAUUAAUUAUAAACAUGAGAGAAUUACACAAAGAUAAGGAAAAUAGUAGCGGUAACAAUUAUUCCCUUCUGUAUGUAACCACGCUCUUAAAACCAAGAUUAGGGACAGAGGAUAAAUAAUAGCCACUGAACACCGGACCAGAACGUCAGUCAUCACACAGACACUAGACACGCAGUGCAACAUUACACGGACUCAACUUUUCCAUAAUUCUGCAAAAGCUGGACACACGUUGUCGUCUUGAUCGUAAUUUUCACCUGCCCUCUGUAGCACGUUUUCUCAACAACUUUUUCUGUUUCGACUGCGUGCAUCUAAUUCGCGGUAGCCCGUCGGUAUAGAUUAUUUUACAAGGAGCUAAAACCGGAAAGAAAAUAUAAUGUCGGAAGACGCCUUCAUCGUAUCGCCCACCAGAAAACACACAGCCACAAUCAUAUUCUUGCACGGACUUGGGGAAAAUGGGGAAAACUGGAAGCAAGUGCUCUCCAAAAUGGUCAAGCCCUACGUUAAAGUGAUCUGCCUUAAUGCGAAAAAAAUCCCGCUCACGCUUAACAAGGGAUUCCCGACGGCUGCGUGGUUUGACUUAGCGUCGCUAGAUGAGAACAAGAUGGAAGACGAGAUAAGCAUCAUGAGGGCCGUUGAAAAGUUACACGACAUCAUCGAUGAGGAGAUUGCUUCGUCCAAAGUGUCGGCCACCAAGACCAUGUUGGCCGGUUUCUCGCAAGGUGGUGCCCUGGCUAUGUAUGCCGCACUCACCUACCACAAACGGUUAGCCGCCGUCUUGGCCAUGUCCAGCUGGCCGAUGCUCCGACAUACCAUGCCCGAAGCUGCCAUCAACAAUACCAACACACCGAUGUUACAGUGCCAUGGGACCGAAGAUCCGGUUAUUUACCACAAAUGGGGAAAACUAAUGGCCGAUACUCUUUCGGAGAUGAACCCCAAGCAUGAAUUUAAAUCGUACGAGGGUUUGAUGCACGCCGUCAAUGAUCAGGAAUUACAAGAUGUCAAAAAUUUCAUCAACAAAAUAUUUCCUUGAUUAAAUUCAAGAAAAUUGAUGUAGAAUGAAUUUAUCAUUCAAAAACGUCAGAAUAUUUGUUAAUACAUAAUUUACUAGUUGUAUAUUUUUCAUUAUAAUUAUGUUUAAGAGUAAAAUUUUUAUAUUCAUUUAUUAUUAUUGUUAUUUUAUUGUCAUAAAUGCUUUAACUUGGAAUUUGUGCAAUUAUAUU